AUGGCGUUAGCUUUUUAUUUCUGUGUCCUUCUCAGCCAAUUGGCAAUGACUUUUGCCCAUGAACAUUUUUCGAAAUUCCAACUGAGGACAUACCCCAAGACUUUGUUCAAGUGUAAUAACAUGUCCGUGACAUUCGGCGAAGUGAGCCAGGAACAGGAAAAAGAACAAAUUAUCUCAUACUUGGACUGUUUCAAAGGUGAUACAAUACGGGCAUACAAGCCUAAUAUAACACAGGAAAAUAUCAAUAAAUUCAAUGAAAUGUUACGGCAGAUGACUUCAGAUCACUGGCGAGUCAAACGUCAAGCCCGCAGUCUUGUGAGAAGUGAGGUUCGAGCACUCACUCCAGGACAAUGGAAUCAAAUCACAAAUGCUUUCAACAGGAUUUUCAGAUCUGGGAUUUUCCAUGAAAUUGCAACCUUACACAGUGACACUGCUAUUGGCGGCGCACACGGUGGACCUGCUUUCCUCGGCUGGCACCGUAUAUAUCUGCUAUGGAUAGAAUUUUAUCUGCGCUUUCCAAUUCCGUACUGGGAUUCCUCCUUAGAUUUUCACCUGGCAAAUCCUAUCCAUUCAAUCGUAUGGACAAGGCAUUACUUCGGCAACGGUCGGGGAAGAGUAAGGACUGGCCCCUUCAGCAGUUUCACAGAACCUGAUGGUACCCCCAUAUCCAGAGAUAUUGGAAGGGCUGGCACAUUGAUAGCACGAGAAAAUAUUGAAUCCAUUAUAAAUCGGAAUAGUAACCUGCGGCUAGUUUACACCACCUUGAUAACAUUAGAGGGCUAUCACAAUGGUCCACACGUGUGGAUGGGAGGUACGGUACGUAUGGUCACCUCCGCGCCAUCAGAUCCUUGUUUUUGGUUCCAUCACAGCUUUGUAGAUAAAUUAUGGCGAGAUGCUCAACGGAACAUGAGAAAUCCAGAGAAUUAUCCUUACCAGACUAGUACUAAUCGACUACAUCGACCGAGAGAGAACAUGGUUAUGUUCCGCUUUGAUCCUAACUUUCCUGUGCGUAACGAAGACGGUUAUAGAAGCUGGGUUGCUAGACGUACUACAUAUGCGCGAUCGCCGGGACAGGCGACUGAAAGAUCACAGUGUGAAAACCCUUCUUGGCGGAUCCGACGGGUUCUCGUAUGGGACGUCCAACGGCAGAUAUGUGUUAGCGGUGAAGGUGAACCGUCUGAUUUUGAUACGCCACCAGAUACCCAAGCUAAUCGUUUGUCCAGUUCAGCUUUCAACGAUGGGUCUAAUUCUGCUUUACAGUUUAUAUCUCCAAUAAGAGACCAAAGAACGAUGAUACCUGAGGACAACACAGUGGCCAACACUUUCAGGGCUGUAGCGGGUACAUCGGGCACUGGAAAUCUAUUUUUCAAUAACGCUUUCACUUCCCCUCUUCACGAUGUUAGAACAGUCAGUUCUUCGUCGCGAUCCUCCGGAGGGCCACCAUUCGUUAAUCAACGAUCACGAUCCAUGUUGUUGGAUGAUUUAAUCAUGAGACUACGAAGACGACAGAACAACCAAUUGGCAGAAGUAGCCAGUAUCACUCAACCAUCAUUGGUCAGAAAUGAAUUACAAGGAAACAAUAUGAUAGGUUUUACAUCCGGAACAGGACAGCCAGUCGAUAAUAACGCAUUUUUCGAACGUGUUAAUUUUGGGGACACGAACAGACAGACAAGGAAUCUUUUCGGACAGACAGGACAAAUGAUCGGACAGACAGGGCAGAUGCUCGGACAGACAGGACAAAUGAUCGGAGAGACAGGGCAGAUGAUCGGACAGACAGGGCAGAUGCUCGGACAGACAGGGCAGAUGUUCGGACAAACAGGACAAAUAAACGGACAGAUCUCGGAUACACCUGUUCAAUCCAAUUCAGUCAUUUCCUUACUGAGAGGUAUUUUACGCUAA